ACAGCGGUAACCGCUCAACGCAAACGUCAAAGUCAAACUUUCAGAUCUUGGCGUGCAGCAUUUUGCAGUCGAAUAUUGGAUAAUAUGGUCGGUGGCAAUUUAUGAAGUUUCAGUGGCAGCUGGUGGUAAAAAAAAUGAAAUGAGAUUUGGAUAUGGUUAGAGCCGGCGUAUAAUUAGUUAUGGGUGUUUAAUGGUAUAUAAAAAUAAACUACCACGAUUUGGUGACAAGGAAAACGAGACGAGCUAACGAUACCUAAGUAUUUAUCGUAACAUAUAAAAUGACAUAAUUUUCAUUCCUGUGUUCUGACCGUGUAGAUAAAUAUUAUUACUUUUGCCGUUUAUAUGAUGAGCAACGCAAGUGAACAAAAUGGCCGCCAGGCACAACAAACAACGCCACCAACUGACCCGCGCAUUAGGAACGUGCCUGCACCGGAGGAAAAGUUCUGUCGCGAUUUUAUUUGGGGCAUUUGUACUAAGGGCUCUCAAUGUAAAUUUCCGCACAUACGAGAUUUCGAAUCAAUGAAAAGUACAUUAAAGUUUUGCCGCGAUUUUCAAAAUAAAGUUGGAUGUCGGAGACCUGAUUGUACUUUUCUGCAUACCACGAGAGAGGAGGAGAAAUUGUUUCUCAGCACGGGACAAAUACCACGUGUACUCAUGGAAUGGUACUCGGCAAUGUCGACUCCCGUCAAUGCCAUGGCAGAGGGAAUGCCACAGAACAUGUUGUACACGGGCGACUACCGGCACCAACCACCACCUCCACCUCCCGCGGGUCCGUCGGUGGCUGCUGCUUUGCCACCGCCGCUGCCAUACCCGCCGCUCCCGGCGCUGCUAGCGCCACCACCACCACCGCCGCCACCCACUGAAGCCUCGACACCGAUCAUGGUGACUGGCCCCAAAUACACAAGCUCUCAAAGUACACCAGUUGUGUUGUGUCCAGUAACCCAGGCACCACCUGUAUUGCCACCCAAUUUUGAUGCUAGCAAGCCGCCACCGCCUCUGCCUCAACAUCCAAACAGAGCUCAAAAACGUGCCGCUGAGUCUUGUGAAGCUGGACCAAGCAAAGCGAGGAAAGCGGACAACUUCAAAGGUAUAGAUCUCUGCGAUAGUUGCGUGCAGCGGAACCUCAGGCUGAAGUUGUAUCGACAAGAAAUAAUAAAACUUCAACAUGAGAAAGAACAAAAAACUUUAUUACUCGAGCGUAAACUGGAAGAUUAUGAGAAUGAUAGACUGCUUUUGAAGUCCAUAGUGAAUCCAGAGCUGUACCAGAUAUUGGAGGAGUACGUAGAGGGCCCGUCGUCCGUCAGGUCAGAUGAUACCAUCCUGUUGUCUCUAAGUACGCCGAGUCGAGCGAGACCUAGUACUAUCACCAUCUCUUCGCCGGAGGUUCUACGGACGGUACUGGAACUCAUGCGUACAACAACCACCACGGCCGGAUCGGACAGGCUACAGAUGACGGAAGCCCUAGCGAGUGACCAUCUUACUAUUGAACCAAGGCCGAGUACGUCGUCCGUAAACAGCAGAGUCUUGAACGGGUUGCACUCGCUGUUGAACGUGCAGAGAACGGAGCGUCCUUCCCACGAGGUGGUGGCGCCGAGGUUCCCGUCGGUGCCCAGCGCAGCCCCGAGCGGCUACCAGUGUCCCGCCGCGACGGCGGCUCCCGGUUCUUACGUGCCCUACCAGCCCGCAGUCCCGCCGCCCGCCGUCCGACCGUUCUACGCCCAGCCUUACCCCUCCACCUCAAACGGUACACCCAACACGAAUGCAGCGUUUAAUCCGUCUGCGCGCAUGGGAGUGCCGCAAACAUUCACAAGACCGAAUGUGCCUGGUACAGCCACUGCAAAUAUGAACAAUAUGCAGAAUUUCAAUCAAUAUAUGUAUGGACAGUUUCCCCCCCAACCACCAUACUAUCCUCCAGCUCAAUAGCGUUUACUACGAGGUAUGUACUCCUCACCAAAACUCAGCUCUGCGGAAGAGAUUGUUGAUUCAAUUUUAGGAUAUGUUUAUUAGCGCAUUAAUUGUCGCUGCGAUGCUACGUAUUCCACGCUGCCGGCGUGUACAUGUAAUCCAGUAAAAAAUCUAUGUAAAGUUUGUUACUGUUUAGAGAACCUACUAACGAAACGAAAACCAUUCUGGUAUCAAAAUAAGGACUGAGGGUUGUGUUUUUGUUAAUUUACUUUAGCCGCUGGUUGUACACCCACGGGGUCUCACUACUAAGUAGUGUCUUCGUUUACGGGGAAAUAAGUGAUUAUUACAUUAGAAUUGAAUAGUUAUCGCAAUGUAUUUAUUUCUGUGAAAAGCAUAUUUGUAUGGGGAAGUGUUAAUACUACUAGUACAAGUUCGUAGGAGAACGACCUUCACCCAUUUAUUCAUUGAAUGAAAAGUAUUUUUAUGAGUCUCUAUAAUCGCCAGUUUGCUUCUCGGUGCCUCUACGCCAGACGCUUGAGCCCGCCAAUCCGGAGAAUUUAUUACGCCGAUUUAUGUCCCCUGGGCCUGGAAGCCGAUUUGGUGAUAAACCUGCCACAUAGCCCCUGGCGGCAGGGCCGCCCAAACCCUCGGUAUUGGCUCGCAAUGGUCAGCUUGUGUCUCCCAUGGAACUGGAAUCUUCGGCUGAAGACUAGUGAAAUGAGCGCCACCCAUCACUUCACUCGCUUACCUUGUCUUGGUCCCCACAGCGACAGCACAAUUUAAUAUUUCUAUGGUAUCUGGCUAGAUUCUUCUGCCUAGUAUCCGGCCUAGUAAAAUCUUGACAUGACUACAAAAUAAUUUAAACUUUCCACGGUCUACCAUUAUAAAUACCAAUAUAGAUUUCCUUCCAACAAAAACAUGAAUAAUUUGAUGGAUCUUGAAUAACCUCUUGUUCAUUCAUGAAAAUUGGCUAGAGAUAUGGGCGUCUAAUGGCUGGGUCCAAAUCCUUACUCCAAACAACGACGUCUUUACAGCUAUAUGUUUAUUGCACCGUUUUGAUAAGAUAUGUGAUAAAUUUAUCGUAACUAAAAGUAUACCAAAGGUCGCUCAACUAAUGUACAGUUAUAAAUAAAUAAAUAUAUAUAUCUACAUUGCAUAUUAAAAAAUAACAUGGCUGUGCUAAAUUUGAAUAAAUGAGCCAAUUUUUUUACAAUAUUUCACUCUCAUGUUAACAAACCAAACUAAGUAAAGUCGAAAUUAUAAAGAGCAUACUAUAUUUGUAUAGGGUACUAAAAAACAUAGUUGUCAUCUAGUUAACACCUGGGUGAAGAUCGUUCUACGGAUCUUCGACUACGCUAUUUAAAUAAUGUUUGUUAUUGUUAUCGAAGCCAAAUAAUUAUUUUGAACAAAGAAUAGAAAACUAUAAGUAUAUUGCCAUGCCGCGAAAUUAGUACCAAGUAAUAUAAUGAGUUAUUAUUAUUCGAGUAUAAUAAGAUAGAUCUCAUACGGAUUAUGUAACCAAGUACCUGAUUAAGACUGAUUUUUUUGGAUCUAAGUAACCGCCUUAUUGGUAUAGUUUUUAAGUUUCUAAUUCUAUAUACUUUAUAUCGAAGCGAAUGUGUGUGCUAUUGCGAAUUUGACUUGUGCAUAGGCUACAUAUUUACACAGCUUAAUAAAUAGGUAGCCUGGUCUGAUUUUGUCUGUGAAUUGGUUGCCCUAUAUUUAGCAGUUUAAAAGAUAUUUAGUGUUUUAUUUUUAUAAAUAUAGACUUUAUUAUAGAACGUCAUACUUAAAGCCAAUCUUUUAGGUCUACAGUCAUGACAGUAGACUAAAUAUUUUUUAAAAUAAUUAGAAUAAUAAUCAAUUAGAAUCUAUGAUUUAUAAAUUUUGAAAUUAACAAAUUCUAUGAAAAUCCAUAAUUUCCUUAAACCUAUAAAGGAAUCUGGAAUGAAACUUUUUCUGAUGUUUUUUACUUCAAACUAUUUCUAAAACUUGAUAAAUUCAUUGAGAAGUAUCAAAUAACCUUAAUUUGUUUAGGGUAGUAGUGGACAACAUGCCUAUAAUUCGUCAAAAUGAAUUCAAAUCGAUCAAGAUCGAAAAUCUAAAUUUAUUGUUAUUGCUUAAAAUGUCUCAAGUCACAUAGAAUAUAUUUUUAGGAGUCUUGCUAUGUAUUUAGGGACAAAUAUUAUGUUUACUAAGAGAAAUACACAAGCUAUAACAACAGAUUAAUUAAUAGUCACAAAUAACUACUGCAGCUAUAAAUUUAAAAACGACUACUAAACAACGAGUGUUAUUAUAUACGUUGUUUAGUAAUCGUUUUUAAUUUUAUAGCAAUCCGAAUAAUAAUCUGUGGUCUAACAAAGUUAUAGCCUUUGAUUCGAUUCAAAUACUAAUAAUUGACCAUGUUGCCCCACUACUACUCUAAAAUUCACCUUUUUGUCACUGGGAUGCAGAUAUGGCACCUAUUCAAAAUUAUUGUUUAAUUCAUAGACAAAAUCAAGGCAAGAAUAUUUUUGACGGUGUUAUUAGCUAAUAACGAUAUUGUAGUAUUUUAUAUCUUGUUAAAUUUCUAAUCUAAGUGAAUUCUCAUGUUUUUGUUACAAGUAUGGUGAAUGGGUAUUUUAUAUAAGACUGACGAUUUAGAAUACUAAUGAUCAAUAUAUUAUAAGGAAGAGGGAAUCGAUAAGUGUAAUAAGUAAUAUUUUAAUUAUAUUCCGCUUUGCGAAUAUCGUAUUUUAAAGACUGAUGAGAGUUGAAGUCAGCGGGCGAGGACGAUAACGUUCAGGAGAAGGUUAAACAAUAAUUGACAAUAUGUUUGAAACCACUAGAACGGCCAACACAAAAUGUUAUAAUGUAAUCGAUUUAUUAAAAUUUUUGUGUUAUUUUGUGAAAAUAUUGCUAUAAAUACUAAUAUUAAUAAUUUUGGGAAUGAUGACUGCAAUUCCUGACAGUUUGUCAUGAUUUUUGUAAUUAGUGCCCCAGACGUUAUAAUGCUCGUUCGCUCGAUCUUAUAUUUUCAUGGUUAGUAUUGUGUUCUGUGAGUUUGGUGUAUUCGCCACUCGCAUUAGUCAUUUAAAUAGUGAAUAAAAAUCAUUUAUAUUUUUUAAAAUGUGGAUAUAUGUCAACUGCACCACUAUAUUUCGCAUCCAAGUCUAAAUUGUCUAUCAUCAUCAUUUUAAACUGAGUAAUAAUUUAAAGUAAAUUAAUUAUGUAUUAAUGCAACCAGUUUUCGAAACAGGUAAUCAUAAUUAAGACGAGAAUUCUAUAGUCCAUGCCCUUUAAAAACAUAGUGAGUCAUAAGUGCAACUGAAAGAUCAAUGUGUAUCUACUGUGGAUUGAUUUAAUUUAAACAACUUAUAUUAAUUCAAAAGUUUAAUUAUAAUAUAAUGCCUCAGUGAUAAUCGUUAUUUGACGUAGAGAAUUGACUUUUCUCUUUGAUUCACUUGUGUUUAAUUCAUCUUGUUUGACAUACCCGAUAGACAUUUUUUACCGGCGAUUUUAUUCUAUAAUUAUCCUUUUGGUCUCGAAAAUUAAAUAUAUUCAGACACACUUCUAAUUAAAUUACACAAGUAAAAGUAAUUGAAAAUAAUGUAAAUCACUAUUAUUUCUCUAGUAUCCAAUUUAAUCCAUACCAGUACUUAAAGAAUGCAAUUUGAAAAUAAUUAUAAGAAGCACAAUAUGCACAUCUGCCCCAAACUUUUACGCCAAAAGUCGGUAAUAUGCGACAAAGGUCCUUAAACUUAUAAUAAACUUAUUGUAAUUGCAACCUUAUUGUUUGCGCUGCAUUGCUAGGCAAAUGAACCACGACGGCUCACUAUUUUUUUACACGUAGAUGGACUGUAGGGCUUAAAGAAAAGAGACUUUAUAUAAGUUAGGUGGUACUAAGAUAUUGUGAUAAGAGCAGACAAUGCGCAUUCCACACGCUUUAUUCAAUCGACACGCCCAAACGUGCCAAAAGUCCAUGUGAUCUGAGGUUGGUAUUAGUUAUAUUACUUCGAGGGCAUAGUCGAUUUAUUUAUUAGUAAUACUAUUGACUAUUUUAGUGUAUUUCCAAUGUACCUGAUAGAAAUAAGUUGCUGCAGCUGUAAUCGAUUAGUGUAUUUAGUUUGUAAUGAUCAUCCAACACCACAUUUUAGGAUACAGGGAUAUGAUUAUUGCGAAGUAAGUUAUUGCCGCCAUUUUUGUACCUGAUUAUGAAAUACAAUGUUCCUAUUGUCGUCACUUAAUAAAAAUAUUUUU